AGCAAAAUCCUGUUGCCGGACGAAUCGAGUUGGACAAAAAGGUGCAAAAACGACUGAAAAUGGCUGGACGAAGAGAUUGUCCAGAGAUUGUGAGGAAAAUUCCAAAUUCACAGAGAGAAAGAUAUAAAUCUCUGGGCAAACUCUACAAGGAAAGAUUUGGUUCGCAGCCAGCGUUCUUUGCCAGGGCACCAGGCAGAGUUAAUCUCAUAGGUGAGCACAUAGAUUACUGCGGGUACUCGGUUCUACCGAUGGCCAUUCAACAAGACAUAGUAAUGGCUGCAGGGACCAACCCAGAUCAGAUGCUUGUCUUCACUAACUCAAACCCAGAAUAUCAGGAAUACAAGUCAAGCGUGGGAGACUAUAAGAUUAAUUCCAGCAACCCACUAUGGCAUAACUACAUACUAUGCGGCUUCCGAGGUAUCGUAGAGGCAGAGUGUAUAUCUAAUCCAACGGGAAUGAACCUCGUUGUUGACGGGACAGUACCCCGCAGUGCUGGACUGUCUAGCUCUAGUGCUCUGGUGUGCUGCGGUAGUCUGGCGACCAUGCACGCCAACCAGCAAGAAAUACCAAAGAAAAAGCUGGCGGAUAUCUGCAUGAGGUGUGAGCAAUAUAUCGGCACUCAGGGCGGUGGGAUGGAUCAAUCCAUCUGUUUCCUCGCUGAAGCUGGAACGGCCAAGUUGAUUGAGUUCAAUCCAAUCAGAGCAUCUAAUGUCUCCUUGCCGGACGGCACUACGUUUGUCAUCUCCAACAGUUGUGUUGAAUUGCAGAAAGCUGCCACGUCUCACUUCAACAUCAGAGUAGUGGAAUGUCGCUUGGCAACUCAGAUCUUAGCCAAGUCCAAAGGUCUAGACUGGAAGCAGUUCAAGGUGCUUGGCAAGCUACAAGAGUCCCUCGGGUUGUCCUUCGAGGACAUGUUGAGUUUUAUGGAGACCACGCUACACCACGAGCCGUAUGAUAAGAAGGAGGUGUGUGGUAUAUUGGGGGUCAGUGAGGAAGAGUUGAUUCAAGCUAGCCUGAGUGCCAACACGCUGGAUGUAACGUCUUUCAAACUGCACGACCGAGCAAAGCACGUUUUCAGUGAGGCUAACCGGGUGGUGCAAUUCAAGGAGAUAUGUGACCAGGGUCUUGGCGAUGCUGCUAGCGUCCUGGGAGGCCUAAUGAAUGACAGUCACGCUAGCUGUAGAGACCUGUAUGAAUGUAGCUGUGAGCCGCUGGAUAAACUCGUUCAGAUCUGCAGGGAUUCUGGUGCCCUGGGCUCGCGGCUCACCGGGGCAGGCUGGGGAGGUUGCACAGUCUCCAUGGUUCCAUCGGGGGACGUCGACGACUUCAUCGCCAAAGUGCAUGCUGGGUAUUAUGCAGCAGACCCCAAGCUCGAGGAAAAGGCCGCAGGGAGUUUGUUUGCGACUGAGCCGGGCAGUGGGGCUUGCAUGUUUGAAAUGGAUGCUGAAACCACUGUUUAAGAUUUGUAGAUGUAUUCCUUGCCCCUUGGAGUCCUAGGGGUCGAUUUCACAAAGAACUUAUAGAACUCUAGGAAAUAUUCAAAACUUAAGGUUAGUCCCAAGUUAGGACGAGUGACUCGUUCCAACUCGAGAUAUGACUAGUCUUAACUUCUUGUGAAAUCAACCCCAGAGACUUUAGCCGACUGCCGAUACUGCAUCUUCCUUAACCAAGGUCCCACAAACAAAAACUGUUAUCUGAAAUAAUUGUCAAGAAAAAAAAUUACCCCCCAAACUCAGUUUAAACUUUUAUUUGCCAAACUAAAAAUCAACUUUAAGUAGAUGAACGCAUUAACAAAACCCUGUCUACUUGGAUAGUGCCUUUAAAAUGCUCGUCAUCAGUCGACCAAUCAAAUGACCAGUCCAAUGUCAUGUGACAGUAACCAAUUCGUUGUGUCACUGCAACUGGGUCCUACUGUAACUCUGUUCUGGUCAAAGAGUCAAUGGCAUGUUAAGAGCAAAGGACUCGAGCUCUAUUGGCGUUUCUGAUCCGCCGAGUGUAGAUUCGAGUCUCAGUCUUUGAAUGUGUGUCCUUGAACAAGGUUUAAAAAAGAUACCCUCACAGCAGGCAAACCAAACCCAAACUAAGUUGCCCAAGUUGGUGUGAUGUUUCCAAAAGGAUGCUUUGCUGAAUAAUUUAGAGCCAGGUACCACUUUGUUGCAUUAUGAAAAAUGCAUUUUACACAAGGUCCUAACUCACAUGACAAUGUAAUGUGUCAUUAGCUUAAGAUUAUGUAUGACAAAUACAGUAACAAUCCGUAUGGAUCAAACAAAAGUGAAGGGAGUUAGUUUUUACCUUCCAAAUUUUAAAAUUUCUACCAACACAAUUAGCAUGCCAGUACUUAACAUUUUUUUAAAGAAAUGAACAAAUAUAUAUAUAUGUAUACUAUUUGGAGGUAAAUUAAGGAAUAUAAUGUGAAGAAGAGAACAUCCAAAACAUUUUGGGUUACUGUAUGUCUGUGCAUAGUUAACUUUAAAAGUUACUGUUUUUCUUUGUUGUUCCCCGUCAUACAAGUGUGUUUAAUCAGAUUUGAUAUCGAUUUUUGGGACCAUGUUUUGAACUUUGUAAGGUGUAGUUAAAGGUGCAACGAAUUCUUUUAUACAAAUGCGAUAGUUCAUGCUUCAUUAGACUAUGCAAAUCUUUUGCGAAUGUUUUCAAAAGCGAGUAAAUUUAUUUUCUUUCAAAGGUUGUAGGUGUUAUACAGGAUUGGCGAUGGAUAAGAAACAUCAUUAUUAAGUAGAAUUUGAAACUUUGCAUGGUGGGAGCUUAUUUAGGUGAGGAUUGCGGUUUUACUCUUUGUGUAUGUUCUGAAAAGAACCAGUGGUUGACAACUUAACGUUUCGAUCAGUAUGCUCUACCGUUUUCAGAGGAAACAGAAGGAAGGAAAGAAGUUAUUAAAACCAUCUGCAUCACACACUUUGAACAACAUUCAUCUCAGCAGAAAAUUGUAUUUACCGGUAGCAAUAUAAAAAUGACAGCUUUUGUAAUAAUUCAGGUCAUCUCUUUGUCCAUUCAAUGGCAGAAUGAAAUUGCCCUACAAGUACAAUCAUGACAAUGAAUGGAAGACAAAUUUUCAGAUUUUCCAAACUUGGAUUUCAUACAACACAAUAAACUACUGCAUGUGAUAAACCCCAUAUCUUUUUUCAAAUAUCUUUUUUAUUUCAUCAAGCAUAGAUUUAGUCUUUGUUUUACAAAACUGUUGGAUUUUAAUUUAAAUUAUGUUUAUUAAAUUAACAGUUCAUCACUGUAAAAAUACAGAUAAAUAAAAUAUAUCAGAAAUAAGUAUGUA